CCUCAAAAGAACUGUAAUCAUAUUUAAGAAGCAGCAGGGGUUUUAAACAGGUCUUUCUGGUUCCUUUGUGGUGUUAUUGCUUUUACCUGCUUUGAUGUCUCAUAUGCAAUUGGAUAAACAACAACAAAAAAGUUGGUCCCUGAGUGUGGUGCCCAGGAUGCCAAAAAAGCUGUGCUAGAGAUUUGCUGAGAGCCAUUGCUAUUUUUGUAAGAAGCUGAUACUUCAGUCUGGGCUGCAAGCAUUGCCUUGGGAGAGGGGCUAGUUUCUUGGGAGGUGGGGAGGGCAGGGCAAGGCUUUACAGAGAAGAUAGCGCAAAAGAAGAAGAAAAAAGACCCAAAGAAAGUAAGAACUGUGUAGAACUCCCCACCUUUCAAUUCACCGUCUCCUGCAAGAGUCAGUGCUGCUGACCCUGCCAUCUCCUCUCGACUGCCAGUAUAACUUGAACUUUUCACCAGAGUGUUUCUUCCCGUCACCAUUAUGACUGAGAUUACAGCAGAAGGACCUGUGUCCACCACGACGGUGAUAGACAACAAGAAUGGAACAGUCCCUCGGCCACAUGUGAAAAUGUCCAAGAAAUCUGUUUCAGAAGAUUUUGCAACAACGUUCAGCUCACCAGCAGCAUGGCUACUUGUUGUUGCCCUUAUCAUUACCUGGUCAGCUGUGGCCAUAGUCAUGUUUGAUUUGGUGGAUUACAAAACCCUGGCUGGGCAAUCUGUACACAAGCUCACCACCGAUCCACUGAGAAUCAUACACGGUGCUGUGGAAGAGACCACUGACAGGAUUUAUGGCUUUCUUUCAUUACUGACUGACCUCAUAUUCGAAGAUGAAGACGAGAGUGAAAAAGGUGAAGUGGAGCCUUCCUUGAAAAUAAAAGAAGGAAUCCAACCACCAGUCAAAAGGAAAGAAAUUCAGAUAGAGAAGCCUGAAAAACAAGAGAAAAUUGGAAAGCCACCCCCCAAGGAAAUCCAGAUAGACAAGUCAGAAAAACAUGAGAAAAUUGAAAAAAAGCCACCACUCAAAGCAAUUCCCAAAGAGAAACCUGAAAAACCAGAGAAACAUGAAAAGCCAGAGAAAGCUAAAAAACCUGGAAAGCCAGAGAAAGUAGAAAAACCUGGGAAAAAGGAACUCUCAAAAGUGAUACACAAAGGAAAGCCUGAAAGACAUGAAAAGCCUGAAAAGAAAGAAAAGCUUGAAAAGAGAGGCAAACUUGAACGACCUGAAAAAGUGGGAAAAGCCAAAGAACCUCCCAAAGAGAAACCAGCAAAGCAAGAAAAGCCUAAAAAGAAAGCACCUCCUUUCCCAAAAGUAACAGAAAAGGUGAAACCUGAAUGGCAAGAAAAAACUGGGGGAAAAGUUGCUCCAAAAGACAAGAAGACCACUGGAGUUGAAGACGAAGCUAAAAAGGAUGUAAAGGAAAGAAAACAAGAGUCCAAGGCACCUGAAAGAGCAAAGCAUAAAGAAACCAAAGCAGAGGAAGUUGCACCUGCCAAGGCCAAAGUCAAAGCUAAGGAAGAGACAGCGCUGGUGGUUACAGACAAGUCCGAUGAGAAAGAUCAAUAUGCAUUCUGUCGCUAUAUGAUUGACAUGUUUGCGCACGGGGAUUUGUAUACAGGACCACCUCCUUCUUACCUAUUUUUACCACAGACCCCAGCAAUGACACCUGCAAUUCCAGCUGCUGAAGUGGGAAAACCAAAUGUGACAGCUACAAAACUGAUAAAAGAUGAAAAAAGGAAAAAAGUAGUUCAAGAAAAGAAAGCUAUUCCAGAAAUUAAAAUGAAAGAAGUGGAAGAAGGGAAAAAGAUAACCCAUGAAAAGAAAGUUGUUCAUGAAGUUAAAAAGAAAGACGUGGUGGAAGAGAAGAAGGUAACCCAUGCGAAGAAAGCUGUUUCUGAAAUAAAAGCACAAGGAAAAAAAGAGGAAAGAACUAAAGUUCCUGAGAAGACAGCUGUCCCCGAAGUUAAAAAAGCAGAUAAGAAAGCUGUUUUGACAAAAGACCUCAAAAAGCCAGCAAAAGCUCCUGCAGCCCAACCAGCUUCUGUAAAAGAAGUAGCACCAGUUUCCAGGAUUUCAGUAGCAGAUAAGCACGCAGCAGAACCACACAAGAAGGAAAAGCCAGUAGAAACUGCCAAGCUCCCAAAGAAGGAUGUCCCGGUAAAAGUACCUGGAUUGCUUGAAAAGAAAGAAGAUAAGCCAUUGAAGGUGGUGGAGCAAGAUAAACCAAAACCCAAAGAAUCAAAACAUUUCAAAGAUAAAGAAACAAAGCACCAUGCAGCAAUGAAAGACAAAGAUGCUGCCAAAGAAAAAGUAAAGCCUCCAGUAGCUGCCAAAGAAAAAGAGGCAGUGAAAACAAAAGAAGUGAAGACUCCAGUUGUCCAGAAACAGAAAGAACCUGACAUAAAAAAGGAAGGAAGUCCAGCUAAAACAGGAAAGAAAGUGGAGCAUAAACCACCAAAACAAGAAGCUCUUAGGCAUGAAAAAGAAGUUCCUCAAGAAAAAACAGCAAAGUCUAAAGAAACUACAAUACCAUCAGCUGAAAUCACAGUGGCAGAUAAGAAAAAAACAGAAAAGCCUUUGAAUGAAAAAGAAGGAAAAACAAUAAAGAAGACACAUUUUAAAGAAGAAAAGACUAAAGCCCCAACAGUAAAAGAAACCCACCACCAUCACAAUAUGACAACAGAAAAGAUUUCAAAAGCUGCAAGAACAAAGGGAUAUACUGAAAUAAAUGCAACUAGGAAAGAGAAAUCUGCUGUCCGCUACUAUCAGUGUGUCUUUGUAAAUGGCUACAAUGGGUAUACAUCCCAACACCCUGUUACUCCAAUUCAAGACUACAAAGGGAAAGCCGGACAGCCAAAGGCUUCUGGGCAAAAGACCAAGACACUGAAACAAUAGAGUCACACAACUUGCGACAUUAUGAACAUUUUGCACUUUAUGCUCUCUAUAGAGGGCUACAUGAAGUCCAUUGGCACCAUUGAUCAUAGAAAUGUGAUCCAAUAGAUCACAUGCACUUGGAAAGAUUGUCUGCUCAUCGCCAGAGCAGCAGAGGCAAAAUGAAGGGAGAUGUAACAGCAUUUGAGAGAGCAUCCAAGUACUCCUUUCCUGAAGAAAACCAUGGUGCUGAAAUAGUACUUGACAAAAAGUAAAUGUGUGUGUGUGUGUUCUUCUUAUGCUGUUUCUGCUUUGUGUUUUUCAAGCCUUGUUGGAACAAAAAGCAUUUUCCAUAUAAUCAAUUUAACCACAAAUGCCCCACUCAAAGUACUUAGGCACAGGAAGAGUAACAUGUGACAAUAUUUACAGUCUAUGUUAGUGUUCAGUUCAAUCAUGGAUCGAUGCCAAAGUUCUUUACUGAGUCAUAAGCCUGUUUCAGAAACUUUUAUUUUCCUUAAAGAAUUCUUGUCCUUAAAGAAUUCACUAUACAACGAGGUGAUCUACUUGGAGGCAAGCAAAUAAAAACCUGUUGUAUACUUGCCUUCAAGUAUCUGUAAAGGUAAAAGACAUUAUUUCCCAGGGUUGUGUUUUUUUUUAAAAAAAUGGAAUUGAUGCUGGACUGACAAAGAUGAACUAAAUGAAGGAUAAAAGGUUUAGAGAGUUUUAGACAUGGAUUCAGUGUUUUAAAUCCAUAUGCAUUAUCCUCAAAUUAUUUAUUCCAAGUCAUAUUCAGUAUUAGCAUGAAAUGUACCAUAGCUUGGAAAAGUUACUUUUUUGAACUACAACUCCCUUCAGCCCCAGCCAGCAUGGCCACUGGAUUGGGCUGAUGGGAGUUGUAGUUCAAAAAAGUAACUUUUCCAAGCUCUGAAAUGUACAUGUGGGAAGAACCAGUUAACCAUUUGGCACUGGAGAGAUCCAAUAAAAAGCCACAUUUGUCUUAUUAAAACAAACUACAUAUUUAGCUUUAUAUUUUCAUUUAGUGCAAUAGUGCCAUAAUUAGACAAAGUAAAUAAUGGUCAAUUUUGCUAUAUGAAAAAUAUUUUCCCCAAAAAACAAAUGAGUUUGCAUUUCCUCAAGCACUACACUCUUAAGUAUUUUUAGUUUGGAUACUUGAAGUAAGCAUAUAACUCCUAAACCAUACUUUAUUCUGUGAAAGAAUGAAUUGAUUUCUUAGCAACAAAAUGAAACACAUAAUAUUGAUCUCUAGAUGAUCUAGAAUAUUGGUCUGAAUAUCAUUAUUCCAACUGUCUGUCAAAAUAAGCCUGGCUUUGUAAAUAAUAAUGUGUCUGGCAAAGUAGUUGUUCCUUAUUAUAUUAAUGCAUUUUGUCUGUGUUGUUAUAUACUUGUAGUUACAAUGUCAUAACCUCAUUAAUUAUUGUAGAAUCAGCUUAACACAUGUAAACUUUAUUGUGUACAGAUUAUAUUUCCAGGAGUAGAACAACAUUACCAUGAAACUGGUAUUUAUUUUUAUGGGAAGGCACAAGUUUUCAGGGUAACUGUGCCCAGUGCUUUUUUUAAAAAAAUGAGAUGCCAGUACUCAUACCUCGAUAAAAGUGCCAUGGGUGCCAGCACAAAAUGGUUGCCAUGGGCAGCAAAAAAAAGAGGUGAUGGUAAUCUAUACCAAUGAGCAUCAUUACAAAAAAGCACUGACUGUGCCCUAGGAGACUCUGCCAGUUCACAACAGUAUUUGGAUGACUAUUUUUUCACUUCUACGUCAAGCUAGAAGUGACUGGAAUUCAUUACAAUCCAAUUACUGCCAUCUGUGGAAGGGGUGAAGUCCCCUGCGUGUUGGACUGGUACCUAGCAACACAAUUCUACAUGUGGUUUCUCAAAAGUAAGUCCAGCUGAAUUCAGUGGGGCUUACUUCUAGGACAUUGGGUAUAGGAUAGCAGCCCAAGUUGCAAAAGGCAGCCAAAAUCACAAAAGACAUCCUUUAUGACAGAAAUUUAACUACAUGGUAGAUUGUCCUAGUGAGGAGAGCAGCUCUGUGGAAUUACAGCCUUACAGUGCUGCUUCCUUUGCUGUAGACUUUUCCAUGGAUAAGUAUAAUGAGUAAGGAUAAGAACUUUAACCAACAAAGUUAUUUUUUAAGAAAACAUAUUCAAUGCCUUUACAGUGCAGUUACGAAAGGUACUUUUGAUAUCUCUCAACACAACCUGUAUCAAUGGAUACAGAGGUGAUUUACCUUUUUGAUAUCGCAUCAUGCUUAGUGGAAUAAUUUGUACUUUUAUAUCUCAUAACAAACAUGAAGACUUUAAACUGUGCCUGAUCAAGUGGUGAGAUUGCAGAGCUGGUGUCAGAUUAAUUUGUCACCAGCCCACCCAGAUCAGGAAUGAACUGUAAUAAACAAUGACUGCAGAGGUUUCAGAACCCAGUGAUAGGAUCUGGCCUCUUGUAGAUGGAUAGCAUCUACCUCCAAUUUUACACCACACAGAAACCUUAAGGUGCUGUCACUUUUUUCCUUAUUCUUUGCCUAUUGCUUAAUAUAGAUGAAUUAGCUUUCCAAAGGCCUGCCAAUUUAGCUUUAAGACAAAGCAUUAACGAAGGUUUUCUUGAGAAUUGUAUUUAAAUAUUGCUAAUUAUUGCAAGCUUUAUUUAAAACAUCUUUUAGCUUUUUAAUUUGAGCUUCUUGGAGUAUUGACCUUCCCAGUGCUAUUUAACUGGAGAAAGUACCGUAGCACAUUUGCAGCCAUUUCCCUCCUUUUUAUCUUCAUACCAGGAGGGCUUAGAGAAAAUGAAUGGCUGGCUUUAUUAACAAUGUCAAUAUGGCAUAUAUCAGACAUUAGCCAUUGAUCUCAGAAAUAUUAAUUGCUUUGCUUUGCAGAUGACUUGAAUGUCACUUCCCUUCAUAAAUCCAAUUAAUCUGAAACAUUGAUAUGACAUUACUUGAAUUGCAUGUUUUUAUCCAGAGAAAUCUAACUCUUACAGAUGAGUAUAUUUGUUGCUACUGAUUUUCAAACCAAAUGUAUGCCAUGUCUCCUAAUGGCUCUGGUACAUUUUAUGAGAAUUUGGGAAGACAUGAAAAAGUAGUUUUGUUUAUGUAUACUUCUAAAACAAAUUUGCUGUCCAAGCUAAUAGUGUUGUUCUCACCAAGAAUUAAACCUUGACAGUCUUUCUACAUGAAUCGUGUUCAAUGAGCAAAUUGUCACAACCACACUCAACAUCUUUAGCCAAAUUCCUUACUCCUAGACUAUGCUUUGGUGUGAGAACAAAGACUACGAGAGGUAAUGUCUAAGAACUAUUUUUACCAGUCCAUGUGAAGGCCUGGUGAUAAUAGUCAAAAUCUUCAUCACAAAAUAUAGGUCCCUGCGUUUUAAUAUAUAGAGAUGGUCUGGUUAAUUUCUGUCAGGAGGCAGGGAUUAGAAGCACAAAGCUUUGUUAUGUAUCCUGCAGAGUAAUCCUAAAUGGGGUUAGGAAGGAUCAGCAGAUACCACAUAUCAAGUCCAGCUAGCUCACACUGACUAGGAUGGAGGAGGGGUGGGGCGGUGGAGAAUUUUUCCCUUACCUUUUCACUAUACCAGCUGCAUAUGUUGGUGUAACUGAAGGACUCAAGGAUUUGGCCCCUUGUGGGAUCCAUGGGGCAUUGGAUCCUGUUUCAAGGUCUACCACCAGCACUAUUUUCACCCACCUGGGCACAAGUGAAUUGAGCCCCACGUGUUUCUGUUGGGUGGUGGAAGCCAGCAGAGAGGUACCAAUGUGCCAUACUAAUCCCUUCUAGCCAUUAACAUCAAGGGAUUAGGACUGUAAGAGUUUCAAAAAGCAAAAGGAAAGAAGAGGGAGGAAAAAAAAGAAAAAAGUACAAUUGGUAACAUAGAUGCAUUCUGUCAUGUUGAUGAGUAAGCAUUAGAACAAUCUCUAAGACUGAUUUCCCAAGACACCCACUGUGUCCAAGGUGCAGUGAGGACCUCCCAGUUGCUUGAGUAACUACUAUUUUACAACUUCUGGGAAUGGGAAUAGAUCAAAGAUAAGCAAAGAGAAAUACUAUGGUAGGAAUUUGUCAAAAAAAGGAAGUUUUAGAGACACGCAUGUGUUAAGGUGCUGGACUACAACCUGGGAGACCACAGUUCGAAUCCCCACACAGCCAUGAAGCUCACUGGCCUCUCAGCCUCAGAAGGAGGCAAUGGUAAACCCCCUCUGAAUACCGCUUACCAUGAAAACCCUAUUCAUAGGGUCGCCAUAAGUCGGAAUCGACUUGAAGGAGUCCAUUUCCAUUUUCAUGUGUAAAUAUGGACAGUAGAAAUAUAGCUAGGAAGAUGAUUGAAAAGGACACAAGAUCUAAGAACAAUUAGUGAACAGAAAUGUACAUACAUGUAUUUUUAAAAUGGGAAGAGAAUGAAAUCUUUUUUAAGAUAAAGGAAGAAAAUGUGACUGUAAGAAGGAAAAACAGAUAGAUCAGCAUUGGAAAUCUGGGAAAGAAAUGCUAAGGAAAUAUGAGAAGAUGCAUUGGAAGAGCGAAGGACAUGUUCACAUUGAGAAUAGGUUAGACAAGAAAGUGAAAUGUUUGGUCUUGUGUUUUGAGAACAAUGGUAAACAGGCAAAAAUCAGAAUAGGGUAUAUUUCCUAGAAACCAGAGAAACUGCUAUGGAAGGAGACUUAACCAGAGCUUGUUAGUGCUGUUGUGCAGCUUCCACAAUGGGUUUACACUAGAGCAUACUCUUAGAAAACAUAGUACAUCACCUAGUGUUAAAUAGUGUUGUAGCACUACAGGUUAUUGGUUUUCACCAAUUCCCUCUACCUCCUGCAGUCCAUCACUCCAUAUCCCAUCCCGUCCAAAGGAUCCCCACACAAUACUUGUGCAAGCAGAAGAACUUUCUGCUAAGGCAAAGCCCUGACUAGAUAUGCAACCCUUUCUCCAGAUAUCAGGUCAUCAUUUCUGUUUGGAAAUUCUGUUGAACUUCUUAAUAAGGUAAGCUAAAUAGACAACAGCACUUUAUUCUUCAGCCCUAACAGCCAAUUGAUGGUUGAUUGCAGAUGUCUGAAUUAGAAAAAAGUUGUCUCCAGCACACACAAAAACACUGUUUUCCCAUUCAGUCCAUAAUUUUAUUUCUAUGGCUGUUGAGCUGUAAAACAUAUUUAUUUGGUACACACCUUAGCUUACAAUUACUAAAAUGUUUCCCUUCCAAGAGUUUAUUAUGCCUACUUUAUAUUUUUGCUCUUCAAAAUAAAUUUAAUAUAGCAGAUAUUGUCAAGCAUCUAUUGAAUCACCGAAAUGUUGUAAUUACUUAUGUGAUCCUUGCAGCAUAUCUUUCUAUUGCAAUGCUCAUCCGGAGACAUACAGUUGGACUUUUCCAAAGAGGCAUUAACCAAACAAAUGUGCUGUUUGGUUUAUGUGAAGCUGCCUGCUGUUACAAAACUUGUCAGUGAUUCACAUUUUAGAAGACAUCACCAAUUCUCCUCAAUAAAAGGCAAAUUAUUUCA